CCAUUUUAUCACAUAAAAGUGUAAAAUUCUUAGCUUUGAUGCAAACCAAGUUGCUUGAACAUGGCAUGGGUAAAAUUGUUACGGAAACCUGGUGGCAAUCUUGGAAAAGUUUAUCAACCUGGAAGUAUGCUGUCACUAGCCCCUACCAAAGGCCUGUUAAAUGAACCAGGACAAAACAGCUGCUUUCUUAAUAGUGCUGUACAGGUUUUAUGGCAAUUAGAUAUAUUCCGAAGAAGCUUGCGUGUUCUGACUGGACAUGUUUGUCAGGGAGAUGCCUGCAUAUUUUGUGCAUUAAAGACAAUAUUUGCACAGUUUCAGCAUAGUCGAGAAAAAGCACUUCCAUCAGAUAACAUAAGGCAUGCUCUUGCAGAAAGCUUCAAAGAUGAGCAGCGAUUUCAACUUGGGCUUAUGGAUGAUGCUGCAGAGUGUUUUGAAAAUAUAUUGGAGAGGAUUCAUUUUCACAUAGUACCAAGUAGAGAUGCAGACAUGUGUACCUCUAAAUCUUGUAUCACUCACCAGAAAUUUGCUAUGACUCUGUAUGAACAGUGUGUGUGUCGUAGCUGUGGAGCAUCAUCAGACCCUCUACCUUUUACAGAAUUUGUGCGGUACAUUUCUACAACAGCCCUAUGCAAUGAAGUUGAAAGAAUGAUGGAAAGACAUGAACGCUUGAAACCUGAAAUGUUUGCAGAAUUGCUGCAAGCAGCAAAUACAACAGAUGACUAUAGGAAAUGUCCUAGUAACUGUGGCCAAAAAAUAAAAAUUCGCCGUGUUUUAAUGAAUUGCCCAGAGAUUGUUACAAUUGGCCUAGUCUGGGACUCUGAGCAUUCUGACUUGACCGAAGAUGUUGUUCGGAAUCUAGCAACACACCUUCAUCUUCCUGGGCUUUUUUAUAGGGUUACUGAUGAAAAUGCCAAAAAUAGUGAACUUCACCUUGUUGGUGUGAUUUGUUACACCAGCCGACAUUAUUGUGCCUUUGCUUUUCAUACCAAGAGUUCUAAAUGGGUAUUUUUUGAUGAUGCAAAUGUGAAAGAGGUUGGAGCUAGGUGGAAAGAUGUUGUCUCCAAGUGCAUUCGAUGUCACUUUCAGCCACUGCUACUGUUUUAUGCAAACCCAGAUGGCACAGCAGUUUCAACUGAGGAUGCACUCAGGCAAGUCGUCAGCUGGUCACAUUACAAAUCCGUUGCAGAAAAUAUGGGAUGUGAAAAGUCUGCAGUUUAUAAGCCAGAUAAUUCAAAAGAAAAUGGAUUUAGUGAUCAAGCAAAACAGAAAGAAAAUCAGAAAUUUCAAACUGAUGAUAUUUCAUCCAUUAAUCGGAGCUACAUUCAGACAAGUGGAGGGAGAGGACCAGUUAAGUUCAGUCACAUUGAUCAAAGGGAAAAGAUAAAAGACAUUUCCAGAGAAUGUGCUCUGAAAGCCAUUGAACAGAAAAACUUACUUUCUUCACAAAGGAAAGAUUUAGAGAAGGGACAAAGAAAAGAUUCAGGGCGACACAGAGAUUUGCUUGAAGACCUUUCACAUUUCCAGUCUGGAUCACCUUCUGCCCCAAAUGGCUUUAGACAAUAUAGUAAUCCACAUCUAUAUCAUAGCCAAGGAAAAGGACCAUGCAAACAUGACCGAGCUGCUUGUCAGAGUCGAGCUUCUGCACAAAUAAUCAGUUCAAGUAAAUCUCAGAUUCUUACUCUGGGAGAGAAAAUAACUGGCAAAAUUAAGAGUGACAGUGGCACUGGAUAUGAUACAGACAGCAGCCAAGAUUCUAGGGAUAAAGGAAGCAGCUACAAUAGCAGUAAAAGCCGGAACCGAGGUUGGAAACCCAUGAGAGAAACAUUAAAUGUUGAUAGUGUUUUUAGUGAAAGUGAAAAAAGGCAGCAUAGUCCAAGACAUAAAUCAAAUAUCAGUAUCAAACCUAAAUGUAGCAAAGACCAGAGUUUUAAUAAUUGGACAAAAGAGAAUACAAAACAAAAAGGUUUAAUGACCAUAUAUGAAGAUGAAAUGAAGCAGGAAAUAGGAAGCAAAAGUUCCCUAGAAUCUAGUGGAAAAGGAGCAGACAAAAAUAAAAGUCUCAUAGAGAAUAAAGUUCAUGGUGAUAAUUGGCAAAUGCAAAGGACCGAAUCUGGAUAUGAAAGCAGUGAUCAUAUCAGUAAUGGAUCUGCUAACUUGGACUCACCUGUUACUGAUGGAAACGGUGCAGUAAUGGAUAACAAUGGUGCUAAAGAAGCAGUAUUCUUCAGUGACCAGAUUAAGACAAGCAACCUAAAUAAGGAACGUGUGGACUGUACCUCCCUUCAGAGCAAAAACCACUUAGAAGGUACCAAAAAAGAACUCAAGAACUUGGAAGCAGGCUAUAAAUCUCAUGAAAUACACCCAGAAUCACAUCUACAAAUAAAAAAUCCUUUGAUAAAAAGGUCACAUAUGCGUGAAACCAAUGGAAAGUUAUUUUCUUCAUCCAGUCCACAAAAACUCAAGGACCAUACUGCAAGAGAGCAUAUUCACCAGUCAGAUGAACAGAAACUUGAAAAACCAAAUGAAUGCAAAUUUCCUGAGUGGCUUAAUAUAGAAAAUUCUGAGAGAACAGGUUUGCCUUCUCACAGUAAUGAUAACUCUGCUUCUAGGAAUAGAAUGGACAGUAAUGAAGAAGUCUUACCAUCUUCAUUGUGGUCUUCACACAUGAGAACUGUUGGAUUAAAGCCAGAGCCUGUUCCCCUCAUUCAGCAGCAAAAUAUGGAACAGUGUUACUCUGAGAACUCUCUACCCAGGGAACAUAUAAUUCAGUCAACCUGCAGAUCUGAUGGUUGUCAAAUGCCAAAACUAUUUUGCCAGAGUCUACCACCCCCUUUACCACCAAAGAAAUAUGCUAUAACCAGUGUGCCACAGUCAGAGAAAAAUGAAUCUACACUUGAUGUCAGACUUAAUGAAAUGUUUAAAGCUACUUCUAGUCUUCCUAAGCACAGCUUAAGUAUAGCUUCAGAACCCAGUUUAGAAGUGAGUACACAUAAUGAUGAAAAACAUAAAGAAACAUUUCAAGAGAAAGAACAUGUUGGCAACACACCAGACUACCCGUCCAGCUCUUCGGUUAAUGAUUUUCAGGCAAACUCAGGUGCAGUUGUUGAUGCAUUUUGCCAACCAGAACUAGACUCCAGUGUUACCUUUCCAAAUGAAACAAUUGCAUUAACUACCUACUUUUCAGUUGAUAGCUGCAUGACUGAUACAUAUAGACUGAAAUACCAUCAGAGGCCCAAGCUGUGUUUCCCAGAGAGCAGUGGCUUUUGUAGUGAUAAUUCACUAUCUGUAAGUGAAAGAGGGUUGGGACCUGUGUUACAUAAUAGUCUUGGCUCAAGCUGUCCCUCUGAACAAAGAUACAAACCUAGCAUACAUUGUAAUAGAUAAUGCUGAAAUCGGCAAACUUAUACUUCUCUUGAGGCCAUUUAGAUGUUAAUAGAAACCUACUGAACAAACAUGGUGAUAUAUAAAAUUAAAACCCAUGGCAUUUUUAAAGCCAUUAAUCACUAAAUGUAUAUAAGUACAUGUGUAAAAUUUUAUUUUAUGAUGAUCAACUUACUGGAUAUUUUAGAAAUUCCCUUUGAAUAGUCUUAGCAUGCCUUGAAAAAUAGAAAAUUGGGGUAUAUAACAAUUAAUUUGCCAUAUGCUACAGUUGAAUAAAAAUUAAAUUUGUUUAUUGUGUGCCUAGUAAACCCAUAAGUAUUAAACUAACUGGUACUCAUGUAUGUAAACUAUGCUGAAAAUUGAAAAAUAACAGGUGAUACAUAAUUUGCCUAGUCAAGUAAGUAUUUGUUUUAUGAAGAAGCACUUUCUAAUGGGUAACCAAAAGAGGGUGUCACCCAUUUGUUUUUGACUUCUGUGAUAGUCUACUACAUAUGAGUUCCUUUAAGUGUCUUAAAAAAAAAAAAACUGACCCAUAAAUUUGGUAGCAUUUGAAAAAAGAUGCCUUAAUGAUUAACUAUUGUAAAAUUAAAAUUUCAAGGUCUGAUGGAACUUAAUUUUGCUCCUAGAAAUUUUAUCUUCAGAAUAUCUAUCUAGUUAACAUAAAUUAGGCCUUGACUACUAUAUGAUUCAUAAGUAUUACUUCAGCCAUGUAAGCUAAAAAGUUAAAAUACUUAAACUUUAGUAUAUUUAUUUUUUACUUCUUUUCUAAUUUUUUAUGAAAUGUGAAAGAUUCUUGUUUUGGUUUGGUUUACUUUGGGCUACUAACCAGUGUUAGGAAUUAACCUAGGGCUAUUCCAUUUACUGGAAUGUCACUGUAAUUGCCUAAAUUUUCUUUGAUAUAAUAGUCUUAACUGUUUAUAGGUUGUCACCCAUUUAACUGAUUCUAGAAUCUGAAAAUCUAUGUUUCCAGAUUAAGUUUUUGCCUUUCUUAUAGAGGGUUUAAUUUUAAUGAAAUGUUUACUUAAUUUGAGCAUCCCUCCCAUUUUCUUCUACUCUAAACAAAUAGUUAUUUUAUCCCAACUACUUACAUGGAGAGGACUUUGUUUAAAAAUUAAAGGGAUUUUCAUUACUAUGGUGACCUUACGAGAAAAUAAGUUACUUUAAUUGCCUUAUUUCAUCAGUUGUUUUAUUUUGUACUAAGCUGGUAAACUAAUUGUAGUUGAUAAUAGUUUUAUAAUGUCCACUUCAGAGAAUCAUAGAAUUAAAGUUUUCUUUACAUUACUAAAUGAAUAAAUUUUAUAAAUUUGACAUUUCAAUAAACUAAUUAGUAAGUUUAUUAUCUUGGCUGAUUCCAUAAAUUGCAUUAUCUAAAAUGUAAAUGAUGAAAUAUGAAUACUUUUAAAUAAAUAGAAAAUAAUUGUUUGUAAAAGUCUAACCUCACCCAGUUACCAAAUCUUGGUCACAUUUUCUUUUCCACCUAUAGAGAACUUUUUACUAGUCUUUUCUAACUACUAUGAUAGGCGAUUAUCACUUCAUAUUCUUGUAAGUUAGAAAUACUUGAAUACCAUACUAAAUUAAAUUUUAUCUUUUAAGAAAGCUUACUUUUAACAGCAUUUCUAGUAUGGAGGGAUUGUAAAUAAUGUAAAAUGUGUACAAUGCAUUUGACAUGUCAAUGUUUUUCAUUGCUGCUUUGUAACAUUGUAAAGUACUAGAAAUAGGCUUCAAAUAUUUUAAUAGCUUUAAAAACUUUCUGUGUAGUUUUAUAUAUCUAUAUCUAUAUAUAUUUCUGUUUGGUUAAGAUGUCCAGUUAGAUAUGUUUUAUUUCAAACAUUUAAACUGAUUUCUGUGUUUAACAGCAGUUUAAUAGAUUUGUCUUUUCAACUCUAUUGAGUUGCAUAUAUCGAAUAGAAAUGACCAAUUCUGCCUCUUUUAAAGUACUGUCCAUUGAAUCCUCUUGAAUCAUGUAGCACUGAACAAACUAGAAACUGACCAUUUAUUUUUAUGUUGAUUGAAUACUCCAAAUACAAAUUGAAUACAUAUUUACCAAAUAAUCAUUCACAUGUAAAAUUUUGACUUCUAAGGUGCCUAUUUAUUUUUAUAGGUGUUUUCAUCUGGUU